AUGAAUAUUGAUUGGCAGCCUACCGGUGCCGAAGUGAUGAUUGGUCACCAUCGGUGUGCGGCAGGAACAAAAUCUUCAUCCUCGAAGAUUGCAAUCUUUGACCUGGAUUCAACCUUGAUAGUGGCAAAAUCCGGUGAAGUCAAAGGGCAAGAUGCGGCUGAUUGGGUGUGGUGGCACGACGUGGUGCCCACCAAGCUUCGCCAGGCUUUCCAUAGAGACUUCCGCAUUGUUAUCAUCACCAAUCAAGGAAGGCUGACCACCACACAUGGAGCUGAGGCAGCCGCAGCACAGCCCUUCAGGGACAAAGUUCACAACAUCUUUGAAGCCCUGGAUCUACCAGUCACAAUAUAUGUCGCCUGUGCCAAUGAUGGCUGGAGAAAACCGCGGACACGCACUUGGGAGCAUCUUGUCGAUUCUAUUGGUCCCGGAAGAGUGAUUGACGUUUCCGCUUCGUACAUGGUCGGCGAUGCAGCCGGGCGUCCUAAUGAUCACAGCGACGAUGAUCGACACUUUGCAAUGAACCUGGGUAUCCCAUUCCAGACUCCAGAAGAAUUUUUCUUGGCCCAAUCGCCAGAAAACUGGAAACAUAUCUUCGAUCCCGAUGAGCAUCUUGGUCCGGUCAAUCACAGAAUCGACUCGUACAUCUUAUCUACGACUGCCAAUGGAGGAACUCCGUGGUGUGUAGAUUCAAGCAAGACAGGUGAAGAAGAUCUGGCUCCCAUUGUACUUCUCGUGGGACUUCCGGGGAGCGGAAAGACAACAUUCUAUCUGAACACUCUGCAAGGCCUAGGCUACGAGCGGAUUGCGCCACAAUGCGGGACAUCUAGAAAAUGUUGCGAGGAUAUUGCGGCAGAAAGGCUGAAUGCGCAGAAACGCGUUGUCAUUGAUGACAUCAACCACAAUUGUGCCGUCCGCGAGCCUUGGGUUGCAUUAGCCCGUAAGCAGGGCGUUCGUAUUGCUGCUGUAUACUUCUCUACCCCAGCAAAACUCUGUCUGCACAACGAUGCUGUGCGGGCGCUUGGGGAUGAUAAACAGGUAAGAGUGAACGUUGCUACAUUUAGUAAACAUGAAAAUGAUAGUGUCACAUAG